AUGGCCGAACAAACCGCCUCCGCGCCGGCUACCAAGGUUCAGACAAGCAGUGCCAAUGAGACUGAUCUCACCACCACCCUCGAUCCCGCCCAGCGCGCAGAUUUGACCCUCCUCAUUGCCCGCAUCACCGGGUCAAUGCGCAAAGUGAUUCUCGACAACUUCAGCUCGACAGCAGGACUGGACAAGAAUCUUCUCCAAGAAGGUCUGACCGAGGAUGAGAAGAUGAUGGCAGUGGACCCUGCAAAAGCCGAUGUCGCUGCCUACGACCGCGAGCGGAAAAUGAAGGCCGAAAUCGACAGAGAUCUGGCCACGCUAAAGAUGAAGAAUCUCAAGAAGAACUGCCUGAAGGCCUUCGAUGAAUGGCGCGAGCAGGUCAUCCUCCGGGUUGGCCGGGUUGUCAACAGUGAACCCGCUGCUCAAGAGCAAGUUCAGAAGGGUGCCGAUGCUGAUGUGUCAAAGCCUCCAGCACCAACAACCACCGCUGAGGUCAUGGAGCCUGGGACCAGAAUGGUCAACUUGAAGUUCAAAGACCUGUUCCCCCCGACCAAAACUCCAUUGACGAAACUGCCCAUGGACAAGCGAACGCUGGUUCUUCAUUCUCUGCUCCUGCUGCUCCUGUCCUUGGAGCACUACAAUGCGUAUUCUCGCAUUCUGCUACUCAACUUGACGUCAUCACUGAAACUGCCCCUGAAGGCUUUUGAACAGGACGAGUACGCCACGGCUAAAGGUCUGCUCGAAGCGGCGAAAGAGCUGACGGCUGACGAAGAGAAGAUGAAGAAGAUCAGGGAAAAUGAAGAGACCCGAAAAUGGAGAGUUCGUUAUGCAACAGCGGCCGGAGCUGCAAUCCUCGGCGUCACUGGUGGCAUGGCUGCACCCCUUGUCGCUGCAGGCGUCGGCUCGGUCAUGGGCGGACUCGGACUCGGCGCCACCUCCGCGGCUACUUAUCUGGGCUCCGUGGCAGGAAGCGCUGUCCUCGUCGGUGGACUGUUCGGCGCGUAUGGUGGACGAAUGACGGGUCAGAUGAUGGACUCAUAUGCGCGCCAAGUUGAAGACUUCCAGUUUCUGCCCGUGCAUGGCAGUAGUGACAAGAAGACCAGCGAAGAUGAGGCCAAAGGCGCGCAAGAAGCUAGCGAACACGACCACAAACUUCGCGUCACCCUUGGCGUCUCAGGUUGGUUGACCGAGAAAGAGGAGGUGGUCAAACCCUGGCGUUCCCUGGGUACGGGUGCUGAAGUCUUUGCGUUGAAAUAUGAACUUGAAGCAUUGCUGAAUUUGGGAAAUGCCAUGAACGGCAUGGUCCAGUCUGCGGCUUGGGGAUAUGCGCAGAAAGAAAUCAUAUCACGGACCAUCUUCGCAGACCUUGCUGCGGCGAUGUGGCCAAUGGCCCUGAUGAAGGUCGCAAGGGUCGUUGACAACCCCUUCAGCGUUGCCAAAAGCCGUGCCGACAAGGCCGGUGAGGUUCUGGCGGAUGCACUGGCCAAUCGCGUCCAAGGUGAGCGGCCAGUUACGCUCAUUGGAUACUCACUCGGUGCUCGCGUCAUAUACACCUGCCUUAUGAGUCUGGCGAAGAGAAAGAAAUUCGGAAUCGUUGAGAAUGCCGUCAUGAUUGGCUCCCCAACGCCCAGCGAUACCAGCGACUGGAGAGUUCUCCGCAGUAUUGUCGCUGGCAGACUUGUCAAUGUCUUCUCAGUCAAUGAUUACGUGCUUGGAUUUAUGUACCGCACAUCAGCUAUUCAGUAUGGGGUGGCCGGCCUACAAAAGGUGGAAGGUCUGAACACCGUCGAAAACUUCGAUGUCUCGGAAGAUGUCAGCAGCCAUCAACGCUAUCGCUAUCUUAUCGGCGCUAUUCUCAAGAAGAUUGGCUUUGAGGAUAUCGACAUGACCGCCGUUGAACGAGAACAGCAAGAGCUAGUUGAGAUGGAAAGGGAAGAGGAGAAAGAAUCCCGUGCUGCGCAGAAAAAGUGGCUCCUCAGGAGGGAGUCCCAUGGCGGCAAGGUAGAUGAGGCCGCCGAAGGAGAAGCCGAGGCCGAGGAAUUGGAAAAGAAGAUUCAGGAGCGGACGACGAAGACCUUGAUUACCAGGGUUGUCGAGUACUUCUACGUGCCGAGCGCCCUCACAGCGAAAGAUGCGCAAAAUGCUGCCGGCAAUCUACAGCAGGCUGGACAAGGCCCCACCAAGGCUGGCAAUGUUGCAGGUCAAACUUCCACAGAAAGCUAUGCAACCUACAUCUACAAACAUCUGCCGAGUAUGCCACAUAUCAACCGAUCCAGUUUCAGCGCGAUUCAACAAGCCAGUCCCACCGAUGCCGGCGAAAUCACGGGGCAAGCACCUAAGAAUGGCAAUGAAGGAGCAAGGCAAGCGCAAAGCUACGUUAAGCAAGCCUCGCAAUACCUCUCUUCUCUGCCUAGCAUGCCUUCCUUUUCAGGUGGUGGUCAAGAUAGGGCGGGAAAAUUCCAAGCACCACCUAAAACAAUGACUGAAAAAGCCACAGACUCUGUAAACAAGACAGCGGAAAAUACUACUUCCGCUGCCAAUGGCACAGCAGCCACACUGUCCGAUAUGGUCACACCGACCAUCAAGAACACACUGAAUCCCAAGGAAAAUCCUGCAGUACAGUCCACAAAGCGUACUGUGCGCGAGGCACCUAUCAUUCACCAAGCGAAAGAUCGCACACUUGCUCCAGUGAAGAAUAAAGCAUGUGAAGUAUCUGAAGCAGCAGGGACGACUGUGCAGAAUACGACUCAAACAAUACAAGGGGGUUUCGAUACCACGACGGGCAAAGCUGAUGAGACGGCGAAAGUAGCAAGAAGAGGAGCCCAAGGCGCUAGUCAAGAUGCAACACAUGGUGCUCAGGACGCAGCGAAGACCGGGAAGAACUAUGUGUCUAGAGCAGCGGCCUAUUUGCCUGGCAUACCGAGCAUGGGAUUCGGAGGUGCCGGCAAGGGCGAGAAGAAAACCGCUCCGCCCAAGCUCGCGAAGAAAUCGUCUGAGCCGAAGAAGAGCGUCACAGCCAGAUCAGCACAGGACACACCAUACCUUGGGAAGGCACUGUCAGGAGUCAAGUUCCCACCGCCAAAGCUCGACAGAACUCCAUCAGGCAUCAAGUCACCGCCACCGAAACUUGACAGAACUGCCUCGGGCAUUAAAUCGCCGCCGCCCAAGCUCGGCAGAACUCCAUCAGGGGUCAAAUCUCCGCCGGCAAAGCUCGACCGGACGCCCUUUAGCAUUGAGUCACCACCGGCAAAAAUCCAGCGCGUUCCGUCUGGCGUAAAGUCUCCUCCGCCAAAAGAUGAGCAGGCCUCUAUCAGGGGUUCCCACUCCGCCCACGUCGGUCCCGACACCGAGCCUCAUCCAGCAGGUCAGUAG